GCACUGGUAUACAUUUUAUCUUCAGAACUUGCACCAUUUUAACUGAGUCAACUCACGCAGUCCAAUAGGUUUUUGUCAGACUACUGACCAGGUUGGCCCCUGCUAUGGGGUUUUUGAAUUGUUUAGCUUUUAUGCUUCAAAACUGACAACCCCCUCCCCCCGGGUGUGGUUUUACUUUCUUUCCCAAAGGCAAGCUGAACUCUUGGAAAGGAGACGUCUGAAGAAGCUUAGGCAGAAGGAGCAGAAAUCAAGAGAGCAGACUGAUGGGGACAAGGAAGAUUCUAGGGAUGGUUCGCCGGAUAACUUGGAUGAAAUAGUUUCUUCCACAGGAAAUACCAACCAGGAGGCAGCGUCUGACCUCCAUUCUCAGGAAGGACAGAUAGAUCUUGUUACGCCUUACCUUGAGCCAGUUCGACAUCUGAAGACUGAUGUGGAAGCAGACACAGGAAGUCUGACCGGAUUUAACGAUCCUGACAUUGAGAUGGCUUAUGGUGACAUAAGCACAGCCAAUUGUCAGAAUGUUGACCAGAAAAUGCAGCAGGAAGGUAGCCGACGGCAACCAAUUGUUGCUAGAAGGCAGCUUCUGAAACCACAAAGGAGCACACCAAAUGGUAUGCAUUCAGGCCAAAAUGCAUUGAAAUCAGGAGGGGUGCAGAAGCAUGGGGUUUACAGGGACCAGAGAAAUGUUUCUAUAGCCACUGGCCAUAAAGUAUGGACUCGGAAAACCAAGUCCGAAGUCGAAGGAGAGGUUUUGAAUUCAAGAGUACAAAGAGAUUUGGUAGAUCAAUCAGAUCAAAACGAGAACUGUGAGUUGUUGAUAGGUUCCAUCUCUGUCACACUUGGAGAUUGUGUUAGCCAGCGUCAGGGUGAAACUGUGACUGCUGCUGUUGAACAGUGUACAGCAGAACAACCACCAAAGCGUAGCCACAUCCUAGAGAAGCCGAUCAAGGCUGAUUCAUCUCAGGGGAGCACCAACCGUCUGAUGGUCAAGCUUUGGAGGCCAGUGGGAAGGCAUGAAGCUGGGGUUUCCACAAAUAUACAAGUUGUUAAGAGAGAAGAUGAAGCAGACGUGAUUUCCUGCCAAUUCACUGACCGAAAUCCCUCCAGUGAGAGUUGUCUGGCCCAUGGUGCCAUUUAUGAUAGUGGCUCUGGGAGUAAGAAAGAUUCUCCUAUUCUGCUGAAAGAUAAUGCAGAUUCUAGAGGGCUGAUGUUUUCCAGUCGUGCUGCAGAAGCUUUUCUUGCUCAGAGAUGGAAGGAGGCGAUUGCUGCAGAUCAUGUGAAGCUUGUAUUAUGCAUGGAAAAUGAACCUGCCGGAUGCUUGGAAAACCAUGAUGAUGUGUUACUGCCGGCACAGUUUGUAUCAGAUGGUUGCGAACGCAGCAUCCUUGGGAAUGCUGAAAACCGGCUAGUGGGAGUGGGUCUUGAGCCCUCAACCACGGGACCUGCUAAAACCAAGUUCAGAGGGAAGCCAGAAAAGGGUUAUAGACUAAAGUAUAUACCAAAGCAGAGAAAUUGUACUUGAGUCAGUAUUUUUCAUUUGGGAGCAGGUUUUAUGGACGGGACGCGUCCAUGGGGUAUCUAUGGAUGGCCCACCUAUUUGUACCACAUAGCAGGUUUGAUGGGGACUGAAAUUUUGUAGAGGUAGACCCAAAGGUCCCCCUGCUCACAUGUCAUGUACUAGCUCAAUUGGAAUUGGCCAAGUGGCAAAAAUUAAAUUUU